AUGGCUGCUCGUGGCAAUGUUCCUGCCCACUUGCAGGCUUCAUUGCCUGCACUCCCUCCUCAUUUACAAUCAGAUACCCAUCUGACGGCCCACCUGGCAAGCCGAUUCCAUGUCUCUCUCCCAACAGCGAAAUUAUCCUCGCAAGCGUUGAUAUGCCUCAAUACAUAUACCUCAUCAACUAGGGGACCAAAUGGUGAAAAGGAAGGAAGUGCCAUGGGCGAGGCUGAGGAUCUUGCCCGUAGGGCAUGGGCAAGACUGGGAAAUAGAGCAGAAGAUCAGGCUAUUGUGUUCUUCGGAGAAUCAGGGUCGGGCAAAACGACUGUCAGGUCACACCUACUUUCCUCCUUCCUUUCUUUCUCGUCCACGCCACUAUCCUCCAGGUUGUCCCUCGCCGCCUUCGUCUUCGACACCUUGACUACAACCAAAACUACCACUACCCAAACAGCAUCAAAGGCUGGGUUGUAUUACGAACUCCAGUAUGACGCAUCGUCAUCGAUUCCCACUCUCAUUGGGGGCAAGUUGUUAGACCAUCGCUUGGAAAGGAGUCGAAUCUCACAUGUACCGACUGGCGAAAGAAGCUUUCAUGUGCUCUACUAUCUUUUGGCUGGAACAAGUGCGGCAGAAAAGUCUCAUCUCGGCCUCAAUGGUCACACAAAUAUCACCACGUCAGGCACAGGCCUGACAAGGUCUGCCUCCGUGGCACAGAAACGAUGGAGAUAUCUGGGCCACCCAACGCAAAUGAAGGUGGGCAUAAAUGACGCGGAAGGUUUCCAACAUUUCAAAACGGCUUUGCGAAAGCUGGAAUUCCCUAGAGCCGAAAUCGCCGAAAUCUGUCAAGUCCUUGCUGCCAUUCUGCACAUUGGCCAACUCGAAUUUGGCACCGGCCAGGCGACAUUGACUGCGGCUGAAGAAAGUGGUGGAUACUCUCAUGAAGGUGGCGAAACAGUCACGGUGGUCAAGAAUACUGACACUUUGGCUCUCGUCGCGGCCUUUCUGGGACUGAGUGUCCAGGAUCUGGAAGAAAGCAUGAGGCACAAGACAAAGACACUCCACCGAGAGCGUGUCACUGUUAUGUUGGAUCCAAAGGGCGCUCGCGAGAACGCUGACGAACUCGCAACGACACUAUACUCGCUCCUGGUUGCAUACAUCAUCGAAAGCAUCAACCAAAGGAUCUGUGCCGCAGAAGACUCUGUUGCCAAUACUGUUUCCAUUGUUGACUUCCCAGGUUUUGCGGACCAUUCCUCUACUGGUUCUGUUCUAGACCAGUUGUUGAAUAAUGCUGCCAAUGAGUCACUCUACAACACGUGUCUUCACGGUUUCUUCGAAAAGACGGCCGAGAUGCUGGAAAGCGAAGAAGUCAGCGUGCCUGCAACCAGCUAUUUCGAUAACUCUGACGCUGUCCGAGGUCUGCUCAAGCAUGGCAACGGUCUACUUGCCAUCCUCGAUGAUCAGACACGUCGUGGUCGAACGGACACACAGUUUCUGGAUAGUAUUCGAAAGCGAUUUGAGAACAAGAAUAAAGCGAUCACGGUCAGCCGCGCCACUACAACCUUACCUGGUAGCAACUUCGCCACGACGAAUCUUUCUGCAUCUUUCACGGUCCGUCACUAUGCUGGUGAGGUUGAUUAUCCAGUCAAUCGUUUGGUCGAAGAAAACGGUGAUGUGGUGUCUGGUGACCUGAUGAACAUGGUCAGAGCUACUAAAAGUGAUUUUGUGGCUAGCUUGUUCGGUCAAGAAGCCUUGAACACUGUCAGCCACCCGUCAGAGAAGACGGCUAUCGUGCAAGCCCAAGUCAGCUCAAAGCCGUUGCGCAUGCCCAGUCUCUCCCGGAAGAAGCAUGAUCAGCUGCGCCGGAUGGGCAGUCGCAGAGCAGAUCGCUCGCCUGCUCUACAGGAAGACGCUGAAUCCACACAUACUCCGGAAGAGGCCAGGACCAGAAAAACAAAGGCUUUUGCGACAGGAUUGACCCAAGGCGCAGCAGCACAGUUCCUCUCAUCUUUGGAUAAUAUUACGAAAUCGCUGACCGCACCCAACGUCAACAACUAUUUCGUGUUUUGCUUGAAACCAAAUGAUAGGCGGAUCGCCAAUCAAUUCGACAGUAAAUGUGUUCGUCAACAGGUUCAGAUGUUUGGGAUACCCGAAAUCAGCCAACGUCUUCGGACUGCUGAUUUCAGUGUGUUCCUCCCUUUCGGUGAAUUUCUGGGUCUGACUGACGCUGAUACUGGCGUCGUCGGAAGUGAUCGCGAGAAGGCGCAGCUUGUUCUGGACAACAAACAGUGGCCCGGGAACGAGGCAAGAAUCGGCAAUACCGGUGUGUUUCUCAGCGAACGCUGCUGGGCAAGUAUUGCCCUCACAGGGUCACAGAGCACCGCCUACUUUGGCGGCGAGGUUCCCGCCAUUUCCAGGCCUGAUACGCCAAGUGCCAACCCCUUCAACGAUUCCAAAGCUCGAUUAGUUGCCUCACACGAAGGAACCCCCGGCUCCUUCUAUGGUGACGAAACGAAAGGAGGGGGUUACUUCGGCAGUCGAGAACUUGACGCCAAAUCUGAUGCCGGCGCCUCUGCUUUCAACUCUGGAGAUAUGUUCCGCAAUCUCGAGACAAAAGAAGAACUAGCCGAAAAAGGCAACAGAAAGAAGAUGGAAGAAGUCGAUGUUGUACCCGUUUCGUCGUCACGUAAAAGGUGGCUGGCGGUAGUCUACUUCCUUACCUGGUACCUCCCAGAUUUUGCGAUCAAGUGGGGUGGAGGCAUGAAACGGAGGGAUGUGAGAAUCGCUUGGAGGGAGAAGUUCGCCAUCAACAUCCUCAUCUGGCUCAGCUGUCUCUUCGUGGCCUUUUUCAUUGUCGUCUUUCCUCAGCUCAUCUGUCCAAAGCAAGACGUGUAUUCAGCAGCGGAGCUGUCGUCACACGACGGUAAGAACGGUCACAGCGCCUAUACGGCUAUACGAGGCGUAGUCCUCGAUCUAGGUGCCUUCGCACCUUCUCACUACCCGAAUAUCAUCCCACAAACGUCGCUUGAGAAGUAUGCUGGUUUGGACGCAACGGGACUGUUCCCAGUUCAGGUCUCGGCUCUUUGCCAAGGAAAAGACGGCCGAAUUGAUCCCGCCGUUCAGUUGGAUUAUACGACAACAAAUAUCUCUGGUUCUGCCACAGUCAUCAGCACCACUGACCCCAAUCGCCGGUACCAUGACUUCCGCUCUUUCACCAAUGACUCACGCCCAGACUGGUUUUUCGAGCAGAUGAUCAUGUUGAAAGCCAACUACAAGAAGGGAAGUAUUGGAUAUACUCCACAAUAUGUGCGCACCCUUGCCAAAAAGUCACGUUCUAUUGCGAUAUUAAACGACAGGGUCUACGACUUCACCACCUACAACCAAGGUGGGCGCAGCACUAGGGCUCCUGCGGGUCAAACAGUUCCGGCCGGAGUUGACACCAACUUUAUGGAUGACCUUGUAGUUGAGCUAUUUACACAACGGGCGGGACACGACGUCACGAAAUACUGGAACGCUCUUUCCAUGGACUCUGCGCUGAGAAGUCGGAUGCAGCUCUGUCUUGACAAUUUGUUCUUUGUCGGCGUCACGGAUACCAGAAACUCGGCGCAAUGUCUCUUCGCCCGGUAUAUCCUCCUAGCUAUUUCCAUCCUGCUUUGUACCGUGAUUGGAUUCAAAUUUUUGGCUGCACUCCAGUUCGGAGGCAAGAACAUACCCGAAAACCUCGACAAGUUUGUCAUCUGCCAGGUUCCUGCGUAUACGGAAGACGAAGAGUCUCUUCGUCGAGCUAUCGACUCAGCAGCGCGGAUGCGAUACGAUGACAAACGCAAACUCCUCAUCGUGGUCUGCGACGGAAUGAUUAUCGGUCAAGGAAACGAUCGACCAACACCUCGCAUUGUGCUUGAUAUUCUGGGUGUGUCAGAAACAGUCGAUCCGGAACCACUGAGCUUCGAAUCUCUAGGUGAGGGUAUGAAGCAACACAACAUGGGCAAGGUAUACUCUGGUCUGUACGAAGUGCAAGGACACAUUGUUCCCUUCUUAGUUGUUGUCAAGGUCGGCAAACCCUCGGAAGUCUCCAAACCUGGAAAUAGAGGGAAACGUGACUCCCAGAUGGUUAUCAUGCGCUUCCUGAACCGAGUUCAUUACAACAUGCCCAUGAGCCCGCUAGAACUGGAGAUGCAUCAUCAGAUCAGGAACAUCAUCGGGGUCAACCCAACGUUCUACGAAUUUAUGCUCCAGAUUGAUGCUGACACAGUUGUGGCUCCCGACUCGGCUACUCGCAUGGUUUCGGCAUUCCUGCGCGACACAAGGCUGAUCGCUGUUUGCGGAGAGACCUCACUCUCUAACGCCAAAGCAUCUUUCAUCACGAUGAUGCAGGUGUACGAGUACUACAUUUCGCACAAUCUCACCAAGGCAUUCGAGUCGUUGUUUGGUUCUGUCACAUGUCUACCGGGUUGUUUCACCAUGUAUCGAAUCCGAGCUGCAGAGACGGGAAAGCCACUUUUUGUGAGCAAGGAAAUCAUCCAGGACUAUUCUGAAAUCCGAGUCGACACCCUCCACAUGAAAAACCUGUUGCAUCUUGGUGAGGAUCGAUACUUGACCACUCUGCUCUUGAAACAUCACUCCAAAUACAAGACCAAGUACAUCUUCCACGCCCACGCCUGGACCAUCGCACCCGACAGUUGGAAAGUGUUCAUGUCUCAGCGACGCCGAUGGAUCAAUAGUACUGUCCACAACCUCGUCGAACUGCUGCCACUGCAGCAGUUGUGCGGUUUUUGUUGUUUCAGCAUGCGGUUUGUGGUGUUCCUGGAUCUGUUAUCGACAGUCAUCGCCCCUGUGACGGUGGCUUAUAUUGUCUACCUCAUUGUGCUACUCUCUACUUCAUCCGACGUUAUUCCCUUGACAGCCUUCAUCUUAUUGGGCGCAAUCUAUGGUUUGCAAGCCAUCAUCUUCAUCCUUCGCCGCAAAUGGGAAAUGAUCGGGUGGAUGAUUGUGUACAUUCUGGCCAUGCCCGUCUUCUCUCUGGGUCUGCCUCUGUACUCGUUCUGGCACAUGGACGACUUCAGUUGGGGUAACACGCGUCUUGUGAACGGUGAAAAGGGUAAACAGAUCUUGAUCUCUGACGAGGGCAAGUUUGACCCCGACUCGAUCCCAAAGAAGAAAUGGGAAGAGUACCAGGCAGAACUCUGGGAUGCGCAAACCCAACGGGACGACGAAAGAUCCGAGAUCUCGGGCUACAGCUAUGGCACCAAGUCGUACCAUCCUGCCGCAUCCGUCUAUGGCGGUGGUCCUGGCCUGUAUGAAAGCAGCGCACAUCUCAUGGCUCCCUCUAGGUCUGUCUCACAGCUCGACAUCCACCCACCAACAUAUGAAAGAGGAUACAGCCAUUCCAGGAUGUCUCUCGCGCCUUCGGACAUGAUGGGCGGCGGCAUGAUGGCAGGUGGUCAAUCCGUGGCCGACAUGGAUAUGGCCGACUUGACCGGAUUGCCCACUGAUGACAUGAUUCUGAAUGAAAUCAGGGAUAUACUCAAGACGGCUGACCUCAUGACCGUGACGAAGAAGGGCAUCAAGCAAGAAUUGGAGCGGAGAUUUAAUGUAAAUUUGGACAUUAAGCGAGCGUAUAUUGGAAGUGCAACGGAAGCCAUUCUCUCGGGUCAACUGUGA